AUGGAGGCGACCGCUGUGUACCCCAAUGCUGUGCCAGUGCUAGCCUCCAAUGGACUCGGCGUGACGUUAGCAGGCACGGACCCGGACCAUGUGCCGCUCGAGCCCGACCUGAUCAAUGAUGCGCGUCGUCGAUUCUUCCCAGACGGCUGCGCGGUGGAUGCGAUCGGCGUGAUGCGUCUGCAUGUUCGCAACGCACUGGGUUACGCGUUCCUGCGACCACAUCAGCGUAAAAAGCUGCUACCCAAACAUGGAGGUUUAAAGGUUAUGAAGGGGAUGGAUUGGUAUUCACAAGCGGCAUUCUACCGAACCAACUACCGCCAUUUUGUGCCGCACGAUCUGAUGAUGGACUUCCUGGAGAACGAAUGCCCCCCACAAGUAGACUGCUACAAUUUGUCCAAGUGGCAGGGCAAUGCGAUUACUGGAGUCGACUGUGGCCAGGACGGUCAUGUGAUAUUUUAUCCUACAGGGCAUGUGUUACAGCAAGCGUGUGCAUGGUACAGCAAAGGAGAAACAAAGGAUGACCCGCCAUGCUCAAGCACUGUGAUUGAAACAGGGUCUCCUAUUCGACAGUUUACAGUGAUGGGAAGCAGAGAUGCGUAUCAUUCCAGCAGUACGGCAAAGAUAAUCGCGGCUGCACGUGGUCAUACGCACUGCACAAUUAUCGCAGCUCCAGCACGUAUUACCCGUGACAACGUGCGGAAGAUGCAUGCCAAGACCAAGCUCUCUUUCCCUGGAAUUAUUAACCAUGUUUCUGGAAGCCCUCACGCAGAGGCCGAGUUGGCCGUGGUUACGAGCGAUGGCACGGUUCGGCGCUGGGAUCCAGAAGGAGGAGUCCAAACUGUCAAGAAAGACUCGUAUGCAUCGGAUCGCAUUUUACGCUGUGAAUACUCCAGCCAUCCAUGCGUGCUCUGGACAGCAAAUCGAGCCACACUGAAUGCCCUUGAUCUCCGACAGCCAGCGCAACACUCAAGGAAGCUGUUUGAUCUGGCGGGCGCAGGCACUUUCGUGACGAUUUAUGACGUGAAGCGUAGAGCAAGCAAUCCGUUCCAGUUUGCUGUUGGCACGGGUGUUUCCAUUGAACUUUUGGACAGUCGUAUGGCAAGACAACCUCUCAUAUCGUGGGUUCAACCGCAAAGCUUUUCUGGCGAGCAGGAGUUUUCGUUUGGAGCGAUUGGCGAAGUGAAUUUGUCAAGAAACACCAACGAUUCACGAGGAUACAUCGUAUCGAGUUCAAUGAGAACGAAAGUAACAACGCUUUUCCCAUUCGAGCGAAGCCAGAAGAGGAAACGCGGUAAGGUCAUGUCGUUGACCCCAUUACGCUCCAACGGGGACGACGACGAAUAUUCAGAUAUUCCACGAUCUAGCACCGAGCAGAUUGUUGCUUCUGACGCACCAUUGGAUUUGCGCAUGGAAGAUGGCGGAGAAUAUACCCAUUUAACGGGCAUUUGCGCGUUGCGGGAGGGAAACCCUGGAUCUGCGAGCAUUUACCAGCUCAACAGCCUGGGAGAUCUGUUUUCUCAUCGAGUAUCAUCCGGUCGUUCUCAGACGAAGUCUUAUGGCACUGCCGUUCAGCCCGACUUGCCGAGUGGAGUGACAGCACAGGAUGAACCUACAGAUAAACCAACGGCUAGAACACUCCCGAUACCGGUGGAUGCUAUUCUUCCUGAGCACGAUACAGAGUCGAUGCAACUGUUUAUGACACUUCCUGUCAAAGUUCUUCGCCGACAAUUCCCACGUCUACCAAAACACGAGGAGCCAUCUACAAUGGAAGAGAUAAACAGAGAGGACGAGACACAUAUAGCACUCUCCAGCCAAGACAUGAGCAAGGACGUCAAGACACUCUAUGCAACCCCAAAGAUCAUCCGCAGAUUCCGCUCACGAAAUGUCGAUAAGAAGGAGGGAAGCAAAGAAUCAUUGGCUAGCCAUUCAAGGCUUUCACGAAGCAUCGACAAAGAUGAGCUUGUCGAAAAACUUCGUAGCGUGUGUAUCCCAUCCGCUUCACUAUUCCGACUGCACCGGUAUGUGGUCGAAAAACUGAAGAUCGAGAUCUCGUCUUCCAAAUUGCUGCUGCUUCUUCGCUCAUGCAACGAGUUUCGGAUCCGAAUGGUGCGCCACUCGCUUCCAACAGACACGCUUCGUGUGCUGAACCCGUCAUUGCCAGGAGCUGACAACGUGCACUGCGGAAAGGACGAUCCUCGUGUAGCUACCUGCACGUGUCGUCCAGGUGCGGCGAAUUCACAGCUACCGUGCCAGUCCUGGUCCUGCGUUAUCCCUCACGCAGUUAUCGUGUCCAGCACUUUACCCGAAAUACUGUUGGACGACACAGCUCCCACGUCGGCUGUGACGCAAGACAUGCCGCAAGAUCUUGCCGAUAUCAUUACUGCAGCACAUGCAGUGUACGAUGACAUGUACGAAUCCGAAUGA